CAAAUUCUAAAACUCAGUUUCUGUUCGACUUCAAUAAGUCCCCUAGUUGCCUACCUCGACGCGUUUGUGAUUCAUGAGUGCCCCAGCCGAAUCAACUUCUCCAGAGAAGCAAGAAUCUGGUGUCGCUAAUCCCUAUCUGAAAUACCAAGGUGACUCGAAUGCAGCGGACUCAGCGCCUCGGCACCAGCGGAUACAACUUUCUAGCGAUCGUAGUAAAGAGCCACAAUCUGUCUUGGGCAAGCGACCUAGUACGGCGGCCGGCUCAGCUUCUCAGUCGUCAAAACACCAACAACGCGAAAAAUUCCAUCCAAACGUAUACGGAAACUACAAGGCUUACUACAGUUCCCGUCGGGAUAAAGGCCAGAAGGAUGACCCACGGAUGAACGUGUUGGAUUCAUCCCUUAUCACUGACAAAACAGUACUCGACAUUGGAUGUAACUCUGGCAAUUUAACCAUCGUAUUAGCAAUGAAGUAUAAACCUGCUCAUGUCGUUGGAAUAGACAUAGAUCCCAAUUUGAUUCAUUCGGCAAGAACACAUCUGAAAUUGGCUUACUCGUUGCGUAACCCGGACAGUGACGAAGUCGACCUCGACAUCGGCUUCAAAUAUCACUAUUUCCCUCAUUCAAUGUCCACCAUGUUUGGCUUCCUGCCCACACUUCCCGCUAGAAGCUCUCCUAAAGGAUUUCCAUACAAUGUUGAAUUUAAAGCGGAUGACUGGUUGAAGACACCGACUGAAAAGGAGACAUACGACACUAUCCUUGCCUUAAGCAUUACAAAAUGGAUACAUCUACACAACGGUGACGAAGGAAUGAAGGAAUUCUUUCACAAAGCUUAUCAAUCACUCAAACCUGGAGGCAUCUUUGUAGUGGAACCACAGGCAUACGAAUCUUACGCCAGACGACGUCGGGAUUCUGAGCAUAUCAAAGCCAUGUAUGACAGCAUCAAAUUUCUACCUGAUCAAUUCAAAGAUUUCUUGCUCAAUGAUGUCCACUUCGCAAGUUAUGAGAUCGCUGGCGAUUCAGAAAAUGAACAAAACGGUAUGGCUUGGUUUCUGUUACUUUUUUGGUUGAAUGCGUAUUCUAAUUGCAGUUGAAUCAUUACCAUUUUGUAGGUUAUGACCGGGCAAUAUAUCUGUUCAAAAAAUGAUGAUAGAGAUACAGUAAUUGGAUAUGCGUGUAGCUCACGCUUUCAUUCAUGCUGUCAUUAGAGAUUGUAACAACCUACAACCACUAU